AUGUAUGGAGUCGCUGUCGACGCCCAUACCGAAUUCUUCUCGUCAAUUGCAUAUCCUGCAGUUGCAGACCUAGGUCUAUGUGUGAACAAGCUUGGAAAAUCUAGUGUGACAUAUGAAGCUGCUAUCUUCGAGCGGGGUGUGGAUGAAGUUAAAGCUGUGGCACAAUGUGUCCAUGAUUUUGUCGAACGCUAA